AUGAGUGAACCAUCAUCAACAACAACGAACAACACCGUUAAUGAAUUUAUGGCUGUAGCUGAACAAUCUUUAUCGCCUGAUAAUCGUUCAGUACAUGUUCACUCGAGAAAUUCUUCUAAAACACUUAAAUGUCCAAAAUGUAAUUGGCAUUAUAAAUACCAAGAAACAUUGGAAAUUCAUAUGAAAGAAAAACAUCAAAUGGUAACAAAUUCUGAUGGAAAUAUAAAUAAUUCAAAUGAAAAUGAAACAAAUUGUUCAUAUUGUUUAUCAAAUAGUGUUCAUCCACGUCUUGCUCGUGGUGAACAAUAUCCAUGUGGAUUUAAACCAUAUAGAUGUGAUUUAUGUCUUUAUUCAACAACAACUAAAGGAAAUUUAGCAAUACAUAUGCAAUCAGAUAAACAUAUGAAUAAUUGUAGAGAUUUGUCUUCACCAUCUAUUCAACAACAAUCAACAUUUACAUCUUCACCUGAUAAUUCUUCAUUUGAUCAAACAUCUCAAUCACAAGAAAUAAAAAUGGCAAGUGAAUCUUCAUCUAUUGAAACAUAUUCAUGUCCACUUUGUCCUCAAUCAAAUUUCAAUAGAAUGGAAUUAUUGAAAGAACAUUUAUGUUCAAUUCAUAAUUGUAGUCGAGAUGCUUUGAAUCGAUGUUUAUCAUUAAUCGGAGAUUCAGGAUUUUCGUCAAUGGGCGAAACAAAUUCUUCUGAUGAAUAUCGUUGUCAUUCUUGUCAUAAUAAAACAUUUAAAGAUUUUUAUCAUUUAUUAAAUCAUUUUCAAGAUGAUAAUCAUAUUGAUGACGAAACAAAAUCCGUUGGUUUAUUAUGUUGGAAAAAAGGUUGUAAUCAAUAUUUUAAUUCAUUAAAUAAUCUUGAAAAACAUUUUCGAGAAAUUCAUUCAAUUAAUUUAAAUGAUAAAAAUUCCUUUGAUAUAUCAUCAUCAUCAAUUAAAGAAAUAAAAGAAAUAAAAGAAAUUAAAGAUAUACAAAAAGAUAUAGAAAAAGAUAUAGAAAAAGAUACACAAAAAGAAAUAAAAGAAUUAAAAGAAUUAAAAGAAAAUUCAAUUGAUAAUAAAAUAAAUUCAUCAAUUGGAACACAAAUGAAUUUUUUAUCAAAAACUCGUGAAAGAUUAAUAUCAAUUGGGGAAGAUAUUGCUUUACAUUAUUUAGAAAAUUUAUCGAAUUCAAAUUCAAAUUCAAAUUCAAAUUCAACAUCAAGUUUAAAUUCAAAUUCCAAUACAAAAAAAUAUUCAAAUGAUAUUAUAUGUGAUUUAUGUUUUAAAAAAUUUUCAACUUUAUCAAGAUUAAAAGUUCAUUAUGAAGAUAUACAUUCAAUUGUAUUAUCAUCACGUGCUAUACAACAUUGGAUUUUUUUAUUAGAAAAACUUCAUUCGUCAUCAUCAUCAUCAUCAUCAUCUUCAUUAUCAUCAAAUAAAUUAAAAAGACAAUCAUCUUCAUUAAAUGAUUUAAAUCAAAUUAAAAAAUCUCGUUCAAAUUCAAAUUCAAAUUCAAAUAUAAAUAUUCAUUUCAAUGAAAAUAAUUUAUCAUCAUCUUGUUUUAUUUAUUCUCAUGGAUCAUCAUUAACAACAUCAACAUCAACAUCAACAUCAACAACAACAACAACAACAACAACAACACCAACAGCAACAAAUAAUAAUAAUAAUAAUAAUCAAUAUGAUUUAUCACAUAAUAAACGUCAAAGAACACGUAUUAAUGAUGAACAAUUAAAAAUUUUACGUUCAUAUUUUAAUAUAAAUAAUAGUCCAAGUGAUGAACAAAUAAAAUUAAUGUCAGAAAAAAGUAAAUUAACAACAAAAGUUAUUAAACAUUGGUUUAGAAAUACAUUAUUUAAAGAAAGACAAAAAAAUAAAGAUUCACCAUAUAAUUUUUCUAAUCCACCAUUACAAUCAAAUAAAAUUGAUUUAGAUGAAUAUCAAAAAACGGGAAUUAUUAUUAAAAAACAAAAUUAUAAUGAUUCAGAUUAUUCUGAUAAUGAUUUAACAUCAAAUGAUGAACAAGAUAUUCUUCUUUCAGAUGAAGAUUUUUAUGAUUUUAAUAAAUUUAAUUAUAAUUCAAAUUUAAAUUUAAAUAUAAAUCAACAACAAACUCAACAACAACAACAACAACAAUUAAAUCAACAACAACAACAAUUUCAAAAACAAUCUUCAUCAUCAUCAUCAUCAAGACGUGCAAAUCGAACACGUUUUAGUGAUGAACAACUUCGUCUUCUUCAAGAUGCAUUUGAAGGAAAUCCUUAUCCAAAAGAUGAUGAUUUAGAAAUUCUUUCAGAUAAAUUAAAAUUAAAUUCUCGUGUUAUUGUUGUUUGGUUUCAAAAUGCUCGACAAAAAGCAAGAAAAUCCUAUGAAAAUAAUUCUCCAAAUGAAACAAAUCAACAAAUUCAAUAUACAAAAGAUAAAGAUAAAGAUAAAGAUAAAGAUAAAGAUAAAGAUAAAGAUGAUGGAUAUAGUUGUAAAAAUUGUCAUAAAUUAUUUCAACGUUUUGCUGAAUUAAUGAAACAUGCUAAACAAUGUUCAUCACCUUGUUUAAUUAAAAAAAAUUUAAAUCAAGAUAAUCAAAAAGAAAUAAUUAAUUUAAAUCGUUCAUCAUCAUCAUCAUCAUCAUAUGAUAUUUUAAUUAAAAAUAGUCUUCCAUUAUUAUCAUCAUCAUCAUCAUCAUCAAUAAUAACAACAACAAAUAAUUCAACAAAUAAAAAAGACAAUUAUUGUGAACAAUGUGACAAAUAUUUUCAUUCAAUUAGAGAUUUUAAUGAACAUCAAACAUUCCAUAUGCAAGCAUUUAUUAAUGCUGCAACACUUUUUCCACUUGCCGCUUAUCAUCCAGCUGCAGCUGCUGCUGCUGCUGCAGCUAUGGCAGCUUUUUCAUCACAAUUAUUUCAAAAUAAUCAAAAUUUUGCAAUGGUUGGAUUAGAUUUAAAUAAUUCAAAUGAAAUAAAUAAAAAAAGUAGUAUUAGUUUAUCAUCAUUUGGAUCGGAUUCAUCAAAUGAUAUUGAAGAUGGUGAUGGUGAUGGUGAUGAUGAUGGUAAUGGUAAUGGUGAUGAAGAUGGAGAUGGAGAAGGAGAAAGAGAAAGAGAUAGAGAUAGAGAUGGAGAUGGAGAUGGAGAUGGAGAUGGAGAUGAUGAAGAUUUAUGUGAUGAUUCAAAUGAUGAAAAUAAAAAACAAAAUUGUCAAAAACGAAAUCGAACAACAAUAUUACCUGAACAACAAGAUUAUUUAAUGUCAAAAUAUUCAAUUGAAUCAAAUCCAUCACGAAAAAUGUUAGAAGAUAUAUCAGAAGAAGUUAAAUUAAAAAAACGUGUUGUUCAAGUUUGGUUUCAAAAUACUCGAGCUCGAGAAAGAAAAGGAAAUAUUAAAUUUGAUUCAAAUACAAAUCUAAAUUUAAAUUUAAAUUUAAAUUUAAAUAUAAAUUCAAAUUCAAAUUCUCAUGAUAAUAAUCAAAUAAUAAUUAAUAAAAAAUGUGUUCAUUGUUCAUUAGAAUUUAAAUUAAAAUCAACACUUGAAAAUCAUUUAUUAUUAAAACAUUCAGAUUUGUAUAAAAAAAAAGAGGAUUUAUUAUUAAUUGAUUAUGAUUUAUUUCCAUGUGGAUUUAAUUCAAGAGAUGAACUUCCAUUAGAUUUAUCAAAAUCAUCUUUUAAAAAUGAUUUUAAUGAUAAUAAAAUCGAGAAUGAUUAUUUAAUAAAUGAAUCGAAUGAUUCAAGUAAUUUAUCAAUUGAUGAUCAAAAUCAAUUUUAUAAAUCUAAAGAUAAAUUUAUUUCGAAUGGUAAUUUAUCACCAAAUAAUUGUCAACAAUCAUCGAAUAAUUCUUUAAAUGGACAAAGAAGAUUUCGAACACAAAUGACUCCUUUACAAAUUAAAUUAAUGAAAGCAAUUUUUCUUGAAUAUAGAACACCAACUAUGCCAGAAUGUGAAUUAUUAGGAAAAGAAAUUCAAUUACAAAAACGUGUUGUACAAGUUUGGUUUCAAAAUGCUCGUGCUAAAGAAAAGAAAAAUCCAAAUUUUUUUAAAUCCGAUCUUCCAGAUGAAUAUCAAUCAAAUAAUGAUCAAUGUAAAUUAUGUCAAUGCAAAUAUACAUUACAAAAUCCUCAAAGAGAUCAUUUAUUUACAUCAAAACAUAUUGAAAAUAUUCGUUCGAUUUUAUCAAAACAAAUUGGAAAUAUUUCAACAACAACAACAACAAUAACAACACCAUCAACAUCAACAUCAACAUCAACAUCAACAUCAACAUUAACAUCAAUAACCAAAGAUGAUUUUAUAAAAAGGAACAGUAUAAAUAUGAAAUUAGAUAUUGAUCAUAAUUCAAAUCAAUCAGUAUUAGAUAAAUCAUCUAAAGAUGAACAAAAUCAAUUAAUGUCUUAUAUUAAUUUAAUGCAUCUUAUGCCAAUUGGUAUUGAUCCAUAUAAUUAUGGUUUAAUGGAUCCAAAUAUUCAUGGAACACCUUUAUUUAUGUUACAAUUACCUGAAGAAGCUUUAAAAAAAAUUCUUUCAUUAAGUAAAUCCGAUGCUCAUUCAACACGUGCUCAAUAUACUCAAGAUGGAAAAAAUCUUCAAGAUUUAUCUGAUCAUUCUUAUCAAUCAGUUGAUUAUCAAACAAUUGAUGUUGGUUAUGCUUGUAAAAGAUGUUAUCUUGUUUUUAAAUUAUUUUAUUUUUUUUUUCGUUUAUUUCUCAAUGAAUUUUUCCUUGAUUAA